AUGCUGGUGACUUCGACGUCCGACUUGGCCCUAUCCCUCAACACCCCCCCAAAAAUGUCGUCGUUCUCGUCUCAGCCCAUCGUCAUCGACGGCAAGGGCCACCUUCUCGGCCGCCUCGCUUCGACCAUCGCCAAGCAGGCGCUCUCCGGCCAGAAGGUCUCGGUCGUCCGCUGCGAGGAGAUCAACGUCUCGGGCUCGUUCUUCCGCAACAAGCUCAAGUACCACGCGUACCUUAACAAGCGCCACAUUGUCAACCCCAAGAAGUCGGGUCCCUUCCACUUCCGCGCUCCCUCGCGCAUCCUCUUCAAGGCUGUCCGUGGCAUGAUUCCCCACAAGACUGCCCGUGGUGCCGCUGCCAUCCGCCGCAUCUCGCUCUACGAGGGUGUCCCCCCCGCCCAGGACAAGGUCAAGAAGAUGGUUGUCCCCUCUGCGCUCCGCGUCCUCCGCCUCAAGCCCGGCCGCAAGUACGCUACCCUUAAGCGUAUCUCGCACGAGGUCGGCUGGGGCUACAAGGACGUUGUUGACCGUCUUGAGGAGAAGCGGAAGGUCAAGGGCCAGGCGUACUUCGAGCGCAAGGAGGCUGCUCGCAAGCUCCGUGUCAAGGCCGCUGCCAACGUUCCCCAGAACGAGACUCUCGCCAAGUUCGGCUACUAA